CUCAAGCUCACAAUUGUACCAAUCUCGCUGUGCUGGGGCCUCUGCAGAAUUAUACCUCGUUUUGCAGCUUCUCCAUCGCUCACUUUGCAAUUUACUGCACUCUGGACAUCCGACGACGUCUCCGCUCUGAAGUUCUACAGUCGCCGUCAUAAUCAUGAGUACGAACUUGAGUGUCAACAGUCCGGCAGUUGGAAUCGAGGGUGGUCCUAAGCGCUACGCCAAGACGCCGCAUUUGUGGGCUCUAGGCGUGGGUGCUGUCAUCAGUGGCGAUUUCUUCGGCUGGCAAGCAGCUCUGGUCGCUGGUUUCGACGGUCUGCUCAUUCUUCUCGCCGUGGUGACGGUGCAGUAUGUGCUGCUGUCGUUCUCGAUCGCUGAAUUAUCAGCAACAGUGCCACACGGCGGCGGUCCGUACGUCUUUGCUCUGCAUGGAAUCGGCAAAACAGCGGCGUUCUUCGCUGGUAUUGCCGAAUGUUUAAAGGUUGUGGUCACUACGGGUGUAGCUGCAACUGGUAUUGGCUCAUAUUUUGCCGAAAUUGUCGGCGUGAGCUCAGAUUUUGGUCCGAUCUGGUGGAUCAUUUGCUACGUCGUCUUCGUAACACUCAAUGUCAUGGGCGUGGAAAUGACGUUCCGAGUACAGGCUGCUGCUACCGUCAUGUCGGUGAUUGUACUGCUGGUGUUCUACAUCGGCGCUGCUACCAAGAUCUCGUACCAGGAUUGGGUAGUGGACCGUGACUGGAACUACAAGGGGUGGGACGGCGUCCUUCAGGGCGCUUCAUUCACACUGUGGUUCUACCUGGGCAUUGAGGAGCUACCGCUUGCCAUUGACGAGACCAUCGAGCCUACCAAGAACAUGCCUCGGGGCCUUAUGACGUCCAUCAUCACUCUGAUCGUGAUCUCGUUCUGUACUGUUGUAUUCAACUCGAUGAUCAGCCCUGGUGCAGAUGAGAUCUAUGUAAACUCGUCACCUCUCCUCGCCGGCUACCAGACUGUGUUUGGUGACAACAGUACUACUUCGGGUUUCACGUGGAUUUUGAUCGUGGGGUUAAUCUCGAGCUUCCACUCGUUCGUCUUCUGUAUGGGCAAGCUCCUCUAUGCUAUCGCCUGCGAUGGUUAUCUACCGCACAUAUUGACUAAGCUGCAUCCAUCGCGUGGAACUACCUAUGUGUCGUUGAUUGUGGGAAGUCUUAUUGCGCUUGUUCUGGUCAUUGUGUUGCACUUUGCCAUCGGUGACACACGUCUUGGGUCUGUAUUGAUCAAUUUGGCUCUUAUCGGCGCUAUCGUCUCCUACAUUUUCCAACUCACAGCCUUUAUCAUGCUGCGUAUUCGAGAACCAGAGCGCCCACGUCCAUACAAAAGUCCGUUUGGUGUUCCCGGUGCCGUGCUGUGUAUCAUCCUGUGCAUCUUCUCGCUCGUGUCCAUCAUUUACAGCGGUACGUCCAGUUACGUUUUCCUGGCCUCGGUGCUCGUUGCCAUCGGCUAUUUCGCUAUUGGCGCAGUCUAUUUCGUAUAUCGAGUGAAGCCGCGGCUGGAGGUUGGCUAUGGCCCGCUCUCGGCCAAGGAGUUCCGUGAGAAUCUCAUGAGCUCGUGUGUGUCCACCAAGGUGUAAGCAGAAGUUUUUUUGUUUUGAUUUCUGUAUCUUUUUUGGUAGUCGAGCUGAAAAAUUAAGUUGAAGUUGUUACGACCACCAAAAUUCAAUAAUCUUGAAUCGAGAGAGGGUAAACUGCACGCUUGGAGGUGAUUCUCACCUUCUGAACUAAGACCAGAUAUACAACUUCAUCGUCUUUUGAAGAUGUCGUGGUCUAGAGCACUGCGUUGCAAUUCGGCACAGC